CGCAACACCAUAUUACGUCUAUUUCUAUUUCCUCUAGAAUCAUCAAUUCUGUAUUUCGAGGGAGACGAGGGGUUGUGAACGUAGGCUACACGUUUGCGAGGGAGGCAUCCUGAUCAUGAGUCCUCGCACAGUAAUGUAACUGCACGUAUGGAUCUGAAGCCGACAGGGAUGCUGUUUCUGUAUGCUGCAUUGUGGGCGCUGCUUGCGCUAAAAGGGGCAGUCGCUCAGGAUGCAAUCCCGCACGUUGACGAAUGCGCGCUUUGCUUCCACUGCUCUGUGGACGCGACGCCGGCGCCUGUGCUGGACUCGGACCUAGUCGUUGAGAACUUUCAGCCUAAGAACGUUAACCAGAAGCAGAAACUUCCGAUGUGUCAGCAGUGCCGGGGCUGCACCACCCACCUGCAGCUGCUGGGCCACUCCGGCCAAAAGAAGCUGUUCCACACCUGGUUCCGGGACGAGGCGGGCGCCUCGCCCUCCUGGCUCUUCGUGGCGCCCACCAACAAGACGGCGGCCAGGAAGGCGGUGGUGAAGGUUGCGUGCAUCCCGGUGGGCAAGCACGCGCGCGACAAGCACGCUGUCUGCCACGCGGACACGGCGCUCAAGUACGCGCGCAUCUACCUGGCCAUCGAGAAGAUCGCGGAGGAGUGCGGGUUCACGGACAUCAUCCCCAAGAUCUGGGUGGACUGGGUGCACGCGGUCAUUCCGGAGGUUGGAUACCAUAUCAGGUGGCUGGGGCUGUGGAUGGAGAUGGUGGAGGGCAUCAGCUUGGAGAACCUGGUACGUCUGGGCAACCCCAUGAUGCACCCCACCGACCUGCUGGACAUACUGCACAACCAGGUCAACCAUACGCAGACCGUGCACGCCGCCAUCUUCGACCUACUCACCAGCCAGAACGACCGGCACGCGCAGAACCUGUUCAUAAACGGGGACGGGUCCAUCCGACUGAUCGACAACGAGCGCGCCUUCUACGAGAACCGGCUGCUAGCUGCCGACUCGCUGCUGCUGCCCAGCACCAAGAAGUACACCAUCAACGUCAUGGAGAACGCGUGGAUACACAAGUUCGCAAACUGGGGGGACAAGGUUCCCCAGAGCUGGGCUAACGUGGCGCUUCUGUUCGACUACCGCUGCUACGUACAGGGGGGCGUCCUGGGCAAGAACUGGCCGCCGCAGGUGUCCCAGUGUCUGGCGCACAUCUCCUCCCUGGACCCGCCCGCCGUGCAGCGCCACUACGGCCUGCCCGCACCGCACAUGGCGGAGGCGCUGUGGAACAGGUCCAAGGCCAUGCAGGAACAUGGUUUCGAGUACGCGCUGACGCAGGGCUACCCGCGCAACCCCAACCCCUGGCGCUACAAGCUGACUCCGCCCUGCUGCCGCAUCAAACACACGGACACCUACCGCUGUGCACACGAGUGGCAGCCCGACACCGCCAUUCCCUACGGGGACCCCAUCACGGGGGGGCCCUGGCGGCAUGCGCGGCCGGAUCCCGGCAGCUACGAGGGGGGGAGCGUGUUUUGAGAGGGAGGGAGAGGCGGGGAUAUGUGAUUUGUGGCGCCUUGAGGUGCUCUUUUUUACAAAAGGGAUAGGGAAGGUGGUUCACGUACGCAUGGGUUGGAUGGGGAGGCUGCCGGUGCAGGUGCAUCUCACCCCAAGCACAGGAGCUACCUCGAGCUACCUGGUGCUCUGAGCUGCACGCAUGCUGACGCUUGACUAAAUACUAGGAUAUCUGCAUUCAUGCACAUGCAGCUUGCGGGCUAGCGCGCGGCCUGUGUGUACGGUAGCGCCCCUCAGCCGUUGCGCGGAGGCACCAGGUCGCCAGCCCGCCCGCCUGCGGGGUGACACUAGCCGCAGGCGAGCCACGACCCAGUGGUGUGGGGGUGGGGGUGGCGUCCACAGGUACAUGGCUGGUGUAGCUGUGGCGGUGUUGGUGCGGCUGCUGCUUGACAUGGUGUACCCGUGCUGCUUACAGAGGGACAGUAGCAGAGGUAACAGGGGUAAGCGGUGGCGGGUUAGAAAGAAGAAGUGGUGCUGCUGGUGGUUGGAGGAGCGGGUGGAGAGCGGGGGGCAUGCAAGCAGGGAAUGUCAUGUGGGGAGAGCGUGUACCCAGGAGGUGGUAUGCCGUAUGCGGGUGUGUGUGCCUCGUAGAGGCGCGCGAGGACAAUGCGGGCUCGCUGCAGUGCUUGCUCCCUCAAGACAUUCCUGAACAGGAAGCCGCACCGCCCAGCGGCCUCACAAAACGUCGGAUGUCCGUUGCUUGGAACAAUGACAAAGCCGUUGACGCCCACAUGCGGUGCGUCUUGGUGCCUUGACUCCCCAGAUUCCUCCUUGGUCUACCUUUCCAAGCAAGGCAUGUUAACUUUCCAGGCUUUCGCUUAUCAGACAUAUAGCCUCUGUAACUAGGGGUCUCCGA